AUGACAGCUACCAAUUCCGCCACAGAUUCCCAAGCUGCGGAGACCUCUCAGCCAUCUCAAUCAAGAUGCUCGCCCUACGAACGACCCCGGGUGGAAGCUAUUCCCUUAAAGAAACCAACACUCACGCCGAAAGAGGCUAAAAAGAAGAGAAAGCAAGAGGAAAAAGAAGACAAGGAGCGCUUCAAGGAAUACUAUGAAGCGAGAGAUAAACGGCUAUAUGAAGGCUCUACUGCUGGGUAUCUUGCCGGCUUUUACAAAGGGAAGAAGGGAUGGGCCUGGCGUUUAUGA